AUGAGCGAAGCACAGAGGAAGAAUCUUGGAUUAUUGGAAAUAGAGAAGUACUUGCGCAAAAAUGGAAAUUCGCUGGCUAAUUUUAAGAAGUCAAUGCCACAACCAGACGAUAUUGAAGAGUACACAGAUACAAAUCACCUAAUACUUGAUGAGUUGAAUUAUGACUGUGAUAAGCUGGCCAAAGAGCAUGAGAGGUUGCUAUCAACAAUAACAGAUGAACAGAAACAUAUUUACGAUUCCGUAAUGGAUGCUGUGAAUGCUAAUGCAGGUGGUAUGUUUUUUGUUUAUGGUUAUGGGGGCACAGGUAAGACGUUUUUGUGGAAUGUCUUAGGGGCAGCAAUUCGAUCUAGAGGUCAGAUAGUUCUAAAUGUAGCAUCGAGUGGAAUAGUUGCAUUGCUAUUACAAGGGGGUCGAACUGCUCAUUCUAGGUUUGGGAUACCAAUGGCGGUGAACGAAUCUACAUACUGUUCGAUAAGUGCAGGAUCACAUCAGGCAGAAUUACUUGAACGAGCUAGCCUUAUAAUAUGGAACGAAGCUCCAAUGAUGAGUAGACAUUGUUUCGAAACGCUGGACCGAACAAUGCGACAUAUACUUAGGUGUGAUAAAAUUUUUGGUGGUAAAGUCGUUGUUCUAGGUGGGGAUUUCAGACAAAUUUUACCUGUCAUACCAGGUGGCAGUAAGAUAGAAACAGUGAUGGCAAGUCUGAAUUCAUCUCCUUUAUGGUUAGAAUGCAAGGUGAUGGAACUAACAACAAACAUGAGGCUUCUUUGUGGGUCGGGAGGUGUUGAAAACCAAGAGAUGGCAGAUUUCGCUAAAUGGAUAUUGGAUAUCGGUGAUGCACAAGAGUAUUUAAGCUCAGACAGUAUUGAUACUUCAUACACAAGUAAGAAUGAUGAUAUGGUUUAUACUCAGGAAUAUCUUAACAGUAUUAGAAUAUCUGGGUUGCCAAAUCAUUGUCUUAAGUUGAAGAUUGGUGCUCCUAUCAUGCUACUUAGAAAUAUUGAUCCUAGAGGCGGUUUGUGCAAUUGA